UGUUCAGGCAUAAUGAUGAUCAUCUUUCUUUUUUAUCUGGUUCCGAUACAUGUUUCAGGCACAUUAUAUGGGCCACGGCUGGUGAUAAGUCAUGUUGGAGGAUCAGUGACAAUCAAAUGCUACUAUUUAACCACUACAGCCAAUAGACAUGACAGAAAAUAUUGGUGCAAGGAAUCCAACUUUCACCAUAGGUCUUGCCAGACUAUCACUUCCACAAAUCAAUUCACACUUCAAGACUAUGAUGGAAGAGUAUCCAUGAAGGAUAGCCCUCAUAAUGGGCUUUUGCAAGUAACAAUGGCACAGUUGAAGAAGAGUGACUCCAGUAAUUACAGAUGUGGCAUUGGCAAAUCAAACCAUGGUUUAUAUGCUGGAGUGAAUCUAACUGUUUGGGAUGCAUAUCCUGUGCCCUUUGGUGAUCAAUACGCAAGUGAUAGGAAGUACAUGUGCAGGAUGACAACGACUACCUGCUCCACUAUCAUUGAUACACAUGGAAAUAUUGACCCACUUAUAAAGGAAAAGUUUCUGUUAAGCAAUCUUGAAAUUUCUGGCUCAUUCAGCAUCAUUAUGACCCAACUAACGAAAGAUAAGAUCAGGGUUUACUGUGGAGCUGGGAACUAUGAGAAGGGAAGACCAGAAGAAGAAGAAACCAGAAAACUGGAUAUUUAUUUAUAUCCAGAGGCUUUGGUUCCCAAGGCACAACCAAUAUUACAUGGAGUUCAGCAUGGUUCAGUGUGUUUUGAAUGUCUUAUGACCCGAAAGAGAAUAAUACAAUCAAUAUUGGUUGCAAUGAAAGAAGAACAUGGGUGUACCAUCUUAAUAAACAACUUAGGAUAUGUCCGGGUACUUAUGAGGAGAAGGAUAGUGCGCACCAUAGUCCAGAGACGGCACCAUUACCAUCUACUGAACCAACUGCGUAAUGAGGAUGAAGGAUACUAUUGGUGUAUGACAAGUGGAGAACAGGAAAGGAAAAUCAUCCACGAAUUGAAGAUUGUGGAAGGACAACCUAAUUUAGUAGUAGACAAUGAAAUCCAAGCUGUUGCUGGCUCUCCAUUGACAAUAACAUGCACUUACCCAUGUAAAUAUGCUGAGUAUGAGAAGUAUUGGUGCAGGUGGAAAAACACUGGAUGUGAACCUCUUAUCUCAUCUGAACAAAACCAGACUGGCUUGGGAGUUAGCUGUGAUAAAGGCAGUAGAAUUUUGUCUCUGAAUUUUGACCAAACAUCACUGUCAGAUCAAGGAUGGUAUUGGUGUGGAGUUCGAAAAGGAGGCCAUUAUGGAGAAACAUAUGCACUGUAUCUACAAGUGCAAGGAGUACUUCAGAAUGCUGAAGAACCUUUCAAUCUCAAUGAGAGGCCUGGUGAUGAUGUUGUUCCUCGAAUAAAUGCUGGAAAUAGAAACUCUCCCUUAAACAAAGCAAAUGGGGUAGCCAAGGCUGAAUCUCCAGCAAGUAGCCAUGAAGAAAGUAAAAAUUCCACAGUACUUCUCUCUGUUUUGAUCCCACUUGGAAUAAUAGUUCUGCUCCUGGCCACUGUCUUUUUUGUUGUGAAAUUUAGGCUUUUCAAGCAUUCAGACUUGGUCUCAGUUGGCAGCUACAGGACAAACAUCAGCAUGACAGAUUUUGAAAAUGCAAGGCAAUAUGGGGCAAAGGACAACGUGUGCAUGGCAGAAGCCCAUGAGACCCAAAUAGGGCGGAUGGAUGAUUAUAUCAUUACUACGAGCAGUCCUAAAGAGGCUGGUAAAUCAAAGAAGACAAAGAGGGGCUCCAAAGAGGAAGUUGAGAUGGCUUACACUACAUUCCUGCUGAAUUCAGAAAACGUUCUCUCUACAAGAAGCUCCCAGGAACAGUAGAUUUUAGAAAGAUGCUCAACAGCUUCAUACCAUACACUUCUAAUGACUUGCAGAAGCAAAUUAUGCAAUAACUAUUCAGACAGGCUAUGAUUAGAAUCACUGAACAGACAGUUUUAUUCAUUGAUAUUGCUUUGAAAUUUAAAUUAAUUCUAAUGUUUUCCUAAAUUGUUUCAGUUCUAUCACUGAUGAUAGGAUAGGAUACAUAAAGAUAAAAAUAAGUUUCAUUUAGAGAAACCAACUUCAUUCCAAUCAAAUUAAAAAUGUGGUUUUUUUAAAAAAAACAAACAAAAAACACCUGUAUUUAAUGAACUUGCAAAAUGUUAUAACAAUUUAAACUAAUUCAAUUAAAUAUGUGUGUGUGCCUUUUUAGAAACUUUGUACUCAUUUUUGCCAGUCUUUUUGUAUAUGAAAAGCAGUAACAUAGAAGAUUUUAAUGAGAACAUAACCUGAUAAAAUACAGCAUUAAUCAUUUAGAAGAUUUUUAAAAACUGAAUCAAAGUUAUUAAGCACACUUUUAAGUUUAUUUAUCCUCCAAAUUAUACAAUCAGUUUCUUGUUCUUUCUCCAAGGAGUUUAGAACAGCAUAUCUGAGAUUAUUUUGUUUUAACCUCAUCACACUUUUUGACUCAGAAUUCUGGAGGCCUCAAAAGCCUGCACAGUAUACUGUGCUCCUGAAAUUAGUCUAAUAUUGUUAGACUUUUAUAUAUUAUGUAGAAUUAGCAUUUUCCUAAUGUUGACAAAGGCCACCUAAUGACCUAUCAGUUGUUUAUCUCACCUCUAGAAUAUGAUAUUUUUAAAGUAAUUCAAAUUGCUAAUUACAACUAUAGUAGCCAUAUAGUAUAUUGGUUGGUUCACCAGUUAGUAGGUGAUUCAAUGGUUCUAUUCUAAUUAGGAUUAGCAACUGGGUUUAGACUUGCAUAUGUUAAAAUUAAGUAAAUAUAUUUAUGAAUGGUAUAUAUAACCUUUUUUGAUUGCAAAAAGAUAACCAACAAUUUGGGGUAAGUCGAAUUGACACUUUCUAGGUGUUGUUGGAUUGCAAGUCCCACCAUCCUCAUCAUUUGCUAUGCUGGAUGGGGAUGGUGACACCUGUGGUCCAACAACAUCUGAAGAGCCACAAGAUAGUCAUCUUUGGGAGACAAGAGGAAGAUCCAAGAAGAAACCAUUACUUCUCCCUAGUAGGCCAGGUUGAAGACAUUUUGCUGCCUAAAUAGAAAAUGACACUCCCCUCUCAAAGUCAAGGUGCACAGUAUGCAAGACCAGAGUUUAGAAAAGUUACUUUUUUUUACUAUAACUACCAGAAUAUGGUCAUGCUGGCUGGGGAAUUUUAGAAGUUGGAUUUGGCUAUUGGCAGGCUCUGGAUAAAGAUAAAAAUAGAUCUCAGAGUAUUAAUGCAGUAAAGGUUAAACAUAUAUGGUUGUUUUUUGUUUUGUAAUGCUGAUGCUUUUUGUAAGCUGGUAGUCACUGGAGAACUAGAGUGGUGUAAUGAUUUGAGUGUUGGACUAGGACUCAGAGACCAGGUUUCAAAUUCUUGUUCAGCCAUAAAAACUUACUGAGUGUCCUUGGGCAACAUUCUCUCAGCCUUAAAGAAACAAAUCUGAACAAAUUCUAAGGGUUGCCACAAGUGAGAAAUAACUUGAUGGCAAGAAACAAUAACAUUAUUUAGGAUAAGUGACUUCAUAAUUCAGAAUAUUGUAUGUAUUAUUUGCAAUGAUUUUGAUUAUUUGCAAUGUUUUGAUUAUUAUUACCAAU